UGGAAGGAAAUGUGAGAAAUGUUCAAAACAAGCGCAUUCUUUCUAAACACUUCCACUUGGAACUGGAAGGCUAAUAGUGUAACAUUACAUACACAUCCUGUCUCUACAAGCUUGAGCACAGGAAGACACAGAAAGUCCUCACAAGCUCAGUAUUGAUGACAAGUGCAAUCUCCAUGUCUGAAUCCUUUAACCAGCAAAUUGAACUUUGCUCACUACGUUCUCCCGUCAUCAGGGUCAGGCCGGCCGAAGGGAUGUAUACUUUAAAACACACGCAGGCAGGGAAGUCCCCCAUGUGCAUGAGUAAAGCCAGCUGAGAGGACCGGCUGGUGGGUGCAGUGGCAUUUUUAGCACACAAGGAAGCAGAACAUCCGGCAUGGCUGGAAAGAGACGAGGACGGGGCAGCAGAGUCCAGCAACAACAGGCCCCGCAGGCCCAAAGAAGAGGCACUCGCAGGUUGGCUCUUCGGGAGCCAGCUGCUUUUGCCAAGUCUACAGGCUGUGACUUAGAGACCCCCCAUGAAAAGCUGACCAUUGCCCAAGCACGGAGAGGCACACCAGCUCAUCGCCCGGUGCGUGUCUACGCUGACGGGAUCUUUGAUCUUUUCCAUUCGGGGCAUGCUCGAGCUCUGAUGCAGGCCAAAAAUGUUUUUCCCAACGUGCACUUGAUUGUGGGAGUCUGCAGUGAUGAACUCACUCACAAGUAUAAGGGUUACACAGUGAUGACAGAGGACGAACGCUACGAAGCCCUGAGGCACUGCCGGUACGUUGACGAGGUGGUGCGGGACGCUCCCUGGACCCUGUGCACAGAGUUCCUCCAGAAACAUAAGAUUGACUUUGUGGCCCAUGAUGAUAUCCCGUACACCUCUGCUGGAUCAGAGGACGUUUAUAAACACAUCAAGGAAGCAGGGAUGUUCGUGGCCACUGAGAGGACAGAAGGCAUCUCCACGUCUGAUCUGAUCACUCGUAUCGUCCGAAACUAUGACAUCUAUGUCCGACGCAACCUUCAAAGAGGCUACACAGCCCAGGAACUCAAUGUUGGGUUUAUUAAUGAGAAGAAAUACCGGCUGCAGGAGAAGGUGGACAAGAUGAAAGAGACGGUCCAUACAUUGGAGGAGAGGUCCAAACACUUCGUCUACAGAGUGGAAGAGAAGAGCCAAGAUCUCAUCCACAAGUGGGAAGAGAAGUCACGAGAAUUCAUUGGCAACUUCCUGGAGCUUUUUGGACCUGACGGAGCCUGGCAUGCAAUUCAGGAGCGCAGUGGCCGUGUGCUUCAGGCUCUGUCACCCUACUCGUCACCGCGCGGCUCCCCCAGCAGCAGUCCAACCAGAAGACGCUCCGUUUCUCCUGACUCUUCCCCUGCCUCUGCCUCUGCCUCUGCCUCUCCCUCCCUGUCCCCUCCUUCCUCCCCGUCCUCACCUAGAAAGGUGAGGACGGGGAGGGGACGCUCCUCUCUCAAAGAUGCCUCUACAUACAGUAAACAUGUACAAUGAGGUCAUCCUCAACAUCAUCUUUGUGAUUGUCUUUGGUUAUUAAUCUGGUAGGUAAAAUGUCUAAGAGGGUGAUAAUGAAAAUGAACAAAUAAAAAUAAGUACUGGUUUAUUUAAGUGCAAUAUAGCAUAAUGUACAUAA